AUGCGGGGCACCGCGGCGACGGGAACAAGGGGCGCCGCGGCGACACGAAUCGGGCGCCGCGGCGACGGGAAGGGGGAAACGCACUUGCGGACGGGCAGGGUUUCAUUGCAUCGACUACAGCGCUCGACGUUUCAUUGCGUCGACCACAGCGCUCGGCGUCUCAUUGCGUCGACCACAGCGCUCGGCGUCUCAUUGCGUCGACCACAGCGCUCGGCGUCUCAUUGCGUCGACCACAGCGCUCGGCGUCUCAUUGCGUCGACCACAGCGCUCGGCGUCUCAUUGCGUCGACCACAGCGCUCGGCGUCUCAUUGCGUCGACCACAGCGCUCGGCGUCUCAUUGCGUCGACCAGAGCGCUCGGCGUCUCAUUGCGUCGACCACAGCGCUCGGCGUCUCAUUGCGUCGACCACAGCGCUCGGCGUCUCAUUGCGUCGACCACAGCGCUCGGCGUCUCAUUGCGUCGACCACAGCGCUCGGCGUCUCAUUGCGUCGACCACAGCGCUCGGCGUCUCAUUGCGUCGACCACAGCGCUCGGCGUCUCAUUGCGUCGACCACAGCGCUCGGCGUCUCAUUGCGUCGACCACAGCGCUCGGCGUCUCAUUGCGUCGACCACAGCGCUCGGCGUCUCAUUGCGUCGACCACAGCGCUCGGCGUCUCAUUGCGUCGACCACAGCGCUCGGCGUCUCAUUGCGUCGACCACAGCGCUCGGCGUCUCAUUGCGUCGACCACAGCGCUCGGCGUCUCAUUGCGUCGACCACAGCGCUCGGCGUCUCAUUGCGUCGACCACAGCGCUCGGCGUCUCAUUGCGUCGACCACAGCGCUCGGCGUCUCAUUGCGUCGACCACAGCGCUCGGCGUCUCAUUGCGUCGACCACAGCGCUCGGCGUCUCAUUGCGUCGACCACAGCGCUCGGCGUCUCAUUGCGUCGACCACAGCGCUCGGCGUCUCAUUGCGUCGACCACAGCGCUCGGCGUCUCAUUGCGUCGACCACAGCGCUCGGCGUCUCAUUGCGUCGACCACAGCGCUCGGCGUCUCAUUGCGUCGACCACAGCGCUCGGCGUCGACCACAGCGCUCGGCGUCUCAUUGCGUCGACCACAGCGCUCGGCGUCGACCACAGCGCUCGGCGUCUCAUUGCGUCGACCACAGCGCUCGGCGUCUCAUUGCGUCGACCACAGCGCUCGGCGUCUCAUUGCGUCGACCACAGCGCUCGGCGUCUCAUUGCGUCGACCACAGCGCUCGGCGUCUCAUUGCGUCGACCACAGCGCUCGGCGUCUCAUUGCGUCGACCACAGCGCUCGGCGUCUCAUUGCGUCGACCAGAGCGCUCGGCGUCUCAUUGCGUCGACCACAGCGCUCGGCGUCUCAUUGCGUCGACCACAGCGCUCGGCGAUUCACGCUGAGCAGCGGCGAUUACUACACGGCGUGGGUGGACUAUGACCAGUGGAACCGUGGGUCCAUCAAGGAGUAUCUGGCCGACUCCAAGGCGGCGUUAUUCUUUGGCUUUGUGGCGUCCAACACUGUGAAGCCGUUCCUCAUGGAUGUCAUCCGUUCCUCCGCCGUGCGAACAGGCAAGCGUUGGUUCACUGGGGUGACUGACACUGAUACCAACGAGUGUGGUGUGAUGGUGAAUUUGAGAGGAAUGGAUGGUGGUGAUAAUGGCGUAGUAUAUUUUGGUGGUGGCAAUGCGAAUAACGCCGCAUCGUGCCGCUGCUCAUCUGCACCCUUAUAUGCUGCCACGGCUGACACGGUUGUGGGAACUGGUGCUUGCUGGGCGUAUGCACUGGUGGCGAGUGUGGAGGCGGCAUACGGCAUCGCGUUGAACCAAGCCGCACCCCAGCUGUCAGUGGAGUCGCUGUUUGCAGCCAUGGGUCUCACCGGCACCGACAAGUGCACCGCAGGCGGCUCCCCCACCGCGGCGUUUGAGACGCUCGUCACUCUUGACAACAGCAGUGGACUCACAGCAGCCAAUGACACGGCGUUCAAGUACCAGGACCCGGCGUGCUGCACGGGGAGUCCGAACCACGUGGUGCUCGUCGUCGGUUACUUCAUCAACCGCGACGACGGCAGCCAGAACCGCAUUUUCCCUCCAUCUUGGAUCAUCCGCAACUCGUGGAGCGUUGGGUGGGCCGACAGUGGGCACAUGUAUAUGGACAUUCAGGGAGGAUAUGGCGUCUGUCGCAUCAACGUGCUGCCUGGCAUCUACCCCAUUGUCAGAGCAUUGGCUAAGGGCAGUGUCGUGCAGCUGGAUGGUGCUUCUGACAUUCCUUGCACUGCCUUGUUCUACGCCCUCAAGAGUGACACCUGCUCGUCCAUCAGCGUGCAGCUCAGCUUGGGUGCGGGAGAGCUGGCUAAGCUCAACCGCGGCCUCAACUGUUCGACCAAUGGCCUCAAGGCAGGCCAGUCCGUGUGCAUCGAGCGCAGCUCUGCUGUGGCCUGCACCGUCCCUGAGUGCCUGCGAUACGGCACACUGACAGCGCAAACCACAUGCGAGAGGAUCAUUCAAAAGUACAUUAAGGAGACGGGCGUGAACGUCACGGGAACGGACUGGGUUAAUCUGUACCACAACAACCCCGACCUCACUUGCUCCAGCACCAUCCCCAGCAACAUCCAAGUGCAGGUGACGGUUGCGAGGUUCGAAUGA